UGCCCCUCGCCGGCCCGGGAAGGGCAGCGAGCCUCGCGGGGGAAGAUGGCUCCUGGCUGGCGGCUCCUCUUCAGCCUCCUCGCACUUUUGCAAGCCGCGGGCAGGACCCGCUCCUCCGAGGGACCCUUCCCGUCCGCCACAACAAUAAAGUCAUGGGUGGAAAAGAUGCAAGAUGACCUUGUAACAUUGGCAAGAACUGCAAGCGGGGUGGACCGGCUGGCUGAGAUUUAUAUGACACACAGAAAUUUGUAUACUGUGGAAGCCAACAAUGCACGCCAGUUGGUGGAAAUUGCAGCCAGAGAUAUUGAAAAACUACUAAGCAAUAGGUCUAAAGCCUUGGUGCAUCUUGCUCAAAAAGCAGAAGAGAUUCAAGCAACACAUCAGUGGAGGGAUGAGUUUGGGACAAAUGACAUCGUCUAUUACAAUGCAAAAGAUGAUCUGAAUGAUUCUAAGAAGAAUGAAACAGAGACUGGCAGCCAGAGAAUCAAACCAGUAUUUGAAGAAGAUCCUGUUUUUCGACGACAGACAUCUUACCAGCAUGCAGCAGUUCACAUACCAACUGAUAUUUAUGAAGGCUCUACAAUAGUGUUAAAUGAACUCAAUUGGACUGCUGCAUUGGAUGAUACCUUCAAAGAGAAUAGAGAAGAAGACCCAACUUUAUUAUGGCAAGUUUUUGGCAGUGCAACUGGCCUCGCCAGGUAUUAUCCAGCCUCUCCAUGGGUAGUUAAAAGUCGAUCUCAGAACAACAAGAUAGACCUCUAUGAUGUUCGCAGAAGACCAUGGUACAUCCAAGGAGCUGCAUCUCCCAAAGACAUGCUUAUUUUAGUCGAUGCGAGUGGAAGUGUUAGCGGACUGACACUGAAACUGAUCCGAACCUCCGUCAUUGAGAUGCUAGAAACUUUAUCUGAUGAUGACUUUGUGAAUGUAGUUUCAUUCAACAAUAAUGCGCAGAACGUCAGUUGCUUUAAUCAUCUCGUCCAAGCUAAUGUGAGAAAUAAGAAGAAGCUGAAAGAGGCGGUCUAUAAAAUCUUAGCUAAAGGAAUCACUGAUUAUAAAAAAGGUUUUAGCUAUGCUUUUGAACAGCUGCUAAAUUACAGUGCAUCUAGAGCUAACUGCAAUAAGAUUAUUAUGUUGUUUACCGAUGGUGGUGAAGAAAGAGCACAAGAGAUUUUCCACAAAUACAACAAAGACAAAAAAGUUCGUGUGUUCACAUUUUCUGUCGGUCAACAUAAUUAUGACAAAGGCCCCAUACAGUGGAUGGCCUGUCAAAAUAAAGGUUACUAUUAUGAAAUCCCUUCCAUUGGCGCAAUAAGAAUAAACACACAGGAAUAUUUGGAUGUUUUGGGCAGACCUAUGGUUUUAGCUGGAAACAAAUCAAAACAAGUACAGUGGACCAAUGUCUAUUUGGAUGCACUGGAACUGGGCCUUGUCAUUACCGGAACCCUGCCUGUCUUCAAUCUAACAAAAGACCAAGAUGGAAAAAAAAACCAGCUGAUUCUUGGAGUAAUGGGAGUCGAUGUCUCUUUGGAAGAUAUAAAAAAAUUGACACCACGGUUUACACUCUGCCCAAAUGGAUAUUAUUUUGCAAUUGACCCUAAUGGUUAUGUGCUGCUUCAUCCAAAUCUUCAACCAAAGCACAUUGGUGUGGGCAUACCAAAAGUUAAUUUGAGAAAAAGGAGACCCCAUGUCCAGAAUCCUAAAUCCCAGGAGCCUGUGACACUGGAUUUUCUUGAUGCUGAACUGGAAAAUGAUAUUAAAGUUGAGAUUCGGAAAAAAAUGAUAGAUGGCGAAAGUGGGGAACGGGUGUUUACGACACUGGUCAAGUCUCAAGAUGAGAGAUAUAUUGACAAAGGAAAUCGAACAUAUACAUGGACUCCUGUGAAUAGCACUGAUUACAGUUUGGCCUUGGUAUUACCAUCGUACAGCUUUUACUAUAUUAAAGCCAAAAUAGAAGAAUCAAUAACUCAGGCCAGAUUCAAAAAGGAUUUAGAAACUCUGAAGCUCGAUCACUUUGAUAAAGCCGGCUAUACCUUUAUUGCACCAAGAGAAUAUUGUAAUGAUGUAAAAGUAUCAGAAAACAACACUGAAUUUCUUUUAAAUUUCACGGAGUUUAUGGAUCAAAAUACCCCAACCAGCCCUUCAUGUAAUACUGAUAUGGUCAUUCGAGUUUUGCUGGAUGCUGGAUUUACAGAUGACCUUGCGCAGAAUUUCUGGAGUAAGCAGGCUCCUAAUGAUGGAGUUGUUGCACGUUUUGUUGUUACGGAUGGUGGAAUCACUAGAGUGUAUCCAAGAAAGGCAGGAGAAGAUUGGGAUGAAAAGCCUGAAACUUAUGAACUCAGCUUCUAUAAACGGAGCUUGGAUAAUGACAACUAUAUCUUCACCGCUCCAUACUACAACAAGACUGGUUUCAAUACCUACGAAACAGGUAUUAUGGUAAGCAAGGCGGUGGAAAUAACCAUUAAUGGAAAACUUCUCAAACCUGCAGUUGUUGGAGUAAAAAUUGAUACAACCAGUUGGAUGGAAAAUUUUACAAAAACCACAAUCAAGAGCCUGUGCAACAGUGAACUCUGCGGCUGUGAAAGAAACAGUAUGCAUGUCGACUGUGUUAUUCUUGAUGAUGGUGGAUUUCUUUUGAUGUCAAAUCGGGAUGAAUAUACCCAGCAGAUUGGAAGAUUCUUUGGUGAAAUUGAUCCUGGCUUGAUGCGAAAUCUCAUUAACAUGUCCUUAUAUGCAUUUAACAAAUCUUACGAUUAUCAGUCUGUAUGUGAUCCUGAAGAAGAACCAAAGCAAGGAGCUGGGCUUCGUUCUGCGUAUGUGCCAACAAUAGCAGACAUUUUGCAUUUAGGAUGGUGGGCCUCUGCAGCUGCCUGGUCUAUCUUACAACAGCUGUUUUUGAGCCUGACUUUUCCUCGUUUCCUGGAAGCAGUGGACAUGGAUGACGAUGAUUUGACUGCUGCCCUGUCAAAGCAGAACUGCAUUACUGAGCAAACUCAGUAUUUCUUUGAAAAUGAUGAUAAAUCCUUCUUUGGGAUCGUAGACUGUAUUAACUGUUCCAGACUUUAUCAUGCGGAGAAGAUUUCAAACACCAAUCUAGUAUUCAUAAUCAGUGACAGCCAAUUUCUGUGCCGCUCUUGUGAUCCAAAACCAUUGAUGCAAGCAGAAAAGCCGGAUGAAGGGCCAAAUCCCUGUGAAAUGGUUAAGCAGCCUAGAUACAGGAAGGGGCCAGAGGUCUGUUUUGAUCAAGCGGAGCAGGAAGAUUCAACAGACUGUGGUGGGGUCUCUGGUCUGAACCCAUCACUUUGGUCUAUGAUUGGAAUCCAGUUUGUCCUGCUUUGGCUGUUAUCUGGUAGCAGACACUGUCAGUUAUGACCCUGUUAAACCAAAACCUGCAUACCUAAUCAAGACCCUGCCAAAACAUUAGCCCUCAGUUUCAUUUUAAAAGGGGUCAACUAUUCAAACAGCAGAAGAACAGCAAUGCCCGUGACUUGGUAUCACUCUAUACAAAAGACUCAAAAGGGCACCCACAGUGGCUGCAUGUUGGAGUCAGAUCCUUAAACUUGUGUGAAUGCUGCAUCAUCUAUGCCAUCUGAACAGAAUUUGUGUGUGCUUCAUGGAGGAAUCUUAAUUUGUUGGUUAUGGUAUCAUUGAUGACUUCAUGUAUAAGGGCUCCCCUUAGGUAGCUUAUGGUCCAUACGAUUUCUGUUUAUUUUGAACUUAACUUUGCAUUUGUUGCAGACCUUGCAACACUUCUUCAUGAGCACUAGUAAAGAUGUUAUUUCUUGAAUGCUCUUUCUUCACUUUAUUCAGACCCUCACAGCUGCUGUGAACAUCAGUUGUGUCCAGAAUAUAUAAUCGACUCCAGUUCAUCCAAAAUGGGUUAGGGAUAUGAAAAUAUUGGCUAGUUGUCUUCAGAAAUUCACCGUGACUGAAAUGCCUUAUGCUGAGUGGCUUGUUCUGCCAAAAUUAAUCAAAACGGGUGGCCCGCUAAGUUUUGGUAGGUUCUUAAACUGUUGGUUUAAAAACCAAAUAAAAUCAAGCAAGCAAGAAGCUACUGAAUUUAGACAUAUAAAGGUGCUUGGGAGUUCAAUGUUUUAACAAAACCAGUGGUUUUCCUCUUAAAUUCAGUGUCAUGUCCCCUUCACAAAACUGUUAAUUUUGAUGUAAUAUUCUCCCGUUUCUUCACAGUGCAGUUACAUAAUGCUAGUCAAAUCCUUCAAAAUGCUCAAACAAAAAACUUGUGAAUAAAAAAAUGUCUUUGUGAUUAUUGAACGUUGGUUUCCAAGGGUAUUUUGCAUGAUGAUGCUGCUACUUUAUUGUUUUUAAGUUUUUUUUCUUUUUGAUGGUAGAGUAUAGUCCAUUGAAAAGGUAAAUGAGUGAUUUUUUUGUUGUGUGAGAAACUAAACAUUGCAAUGUGAUGCGAAUAAAUCAUCAUAAAUUAUAUUGUUAAACGGAGCUCUGAAUAUACUGUGCAAUGAAAAAGCUAAGAAAGUAAUUUAGUUGCCUGGUAAAAGAGAUGAGGUGGGUUUUAUACAGAUUAGUGCUCUCAUAUGAAAACCUGUGUACAGAUAUUUUACGUAUAUAUAAAUCAGAUCUGACGCAUUUAUUUUUGAAGAGUAUAUGUUCUCAAAGAUUCAUACCAGGUUCCCCCUUUGUUUCUACAAUACAGUUGCACCUGUAAUAUUAAACCUCUAGCUGUUGCUAUUUUAUAUUGAAAAUAGCAAAUUUAACAAAGCAAGAUUUCCUGGUUGCUGAAAUUAGAACAUAAUCUGAACAAAUGGGGAGCCUUGAAUCUAUAUGUAUGCACAUUGAUCCUUGAUUGUGAAUAAUAAUUAAAAAAAAAAGUUGUUUUUAUACAACCUUGUUGGUGAUACAAAUUGGUGCAGUAAAUUACAAUAUUACAGUGUAGAAUAGUGUAGAUGCAAAAUAUGAUUUGCGCUUUUUUCUAGUUUUCAAAACAAAACAGUAUUGCAAGACAGCUAAACCAAUGAAUGUGCAACUCUGCUGAUAUUGUACAAUUCUGCUAACAGCUGCAAUACGCAAAUAUUAAUAUGGUACAAUAGCUCUUAAAAAUAACAAAAUGCAAAGCGUUGGUAUGCAUAUGCUGGCAAAUGACUCUAAUAUAAAUUUGAUUACAUGAAAAAUCUUACGGAGAAAUUAUUGGACAUGCCAUGAAAGUUAGAGAAGUUCCUCAAACCCCAUGGUAUGACUUCAGCAAUUGAAUCUCUACUUGUAGCUGUGCCCAUAGUUGGUUGGUUGUUUUUCACAUGUACCCUUGGUUCCAGCUGUGUAUGUUCUCAUGUUUAGGAGUUCAAUAGGGGAAACAAUAAAAAAACAAACAAAAACCCCUUCCAAUCUUUGUGUUGAAUUAUCACCAUUGGCUUUUUGAUCCAUUUAGUAUAGGCAUAUGAUUCAAAAUAGAACUGACUGAGCUUGGUAGCUCCAGUUUAUCUUCAUUUAAAGAUGAGCUGAUUUCACCUGUAUGGAGUGAGGAUUACAGCAAGACUUUCCAGUAGCUGCAAUUCUCUUCACCCUCCCUUCCCCUGCUGCCAAAUGCUAGAAUUUUUCCAACAUUGAGGCUCUAUCCUCCAAACCCCCAAACAUGAAAAAAUGACAUGCUUAUAGGACUGUAAAA